UCGUUCCGGACGGCCUUCGCGAGUAUGCGCUUCGUGAACAGCAUCAGUUGCGUCUAAAAAGCGAAUUUUGACUGCACACAGACCAUGGUUUAUAUUAAUCAACACUCUAUGUAAAAGAAGAUAUAUUUACAAAGGUACCGAUAUGCGCAGCCCAGAUCAUCGCGAAUCGAGCUAGAUUUAGUGUAUCCAGGUCAAAGGUACUAUAUAUUUUUUUGGAACAAAACAUGUUGAUGCAGGCAUGCGCUUUUAGUUAGACUAAGUUAAAUUGAGUCAUUUAUCACUACUCCGAGAUCAUGCCAAAUGAGGUAUCUUCAUCGAGCGAUGAUUCAAGUGACACGGAGGAGGUCCCGCAAAAACGGAGAAAGCAGGCUUCAAGGUAUCAGUGUCCAGCUGAUUUUGUGGCAUUUACCCACAAACCCUGUGCCAGUACCCUCAUCGAAAGGCUUCGUGAUGACAACACAGAAUUAUGGCUAAUCAAAGCUCCCAGCGGUUUCAACCCGGACAGUUUCAGCAGUCUGAAGAUGCCUCUGUCUGGGCUGCAGACCAUGCAGGCCCCUGCCCAGCAGGCGCGGGGCAGUGGUGGGAAUUCCGGGCAGAUCUAUAGCGUGCUGGGUGGGCCCUCUGGUGCCACAGACCUCCACCUCCUCACCAGCCACCGCCAGAGGCUCGACUCGGUGGUCUGUGCCCCGACCUUCAGCGGCCUCCUCAACAUCUGUGAGAGCUACGGCGACUGCAGCACCAACCAGACCACCAUAGCCAUCCCAGCCACCCCGGCCCCCACCGUGCCCCCGGGGCUCCGCCUGCGCUUCCAGCCUUUCGGAAGCAGGACCCCCACCCUCUCCAGAGUAAUGGAGGAUACACUGGAUACUCCGCUGCCGUCUUCACGAGAGACGCCUCUCAGGGUCACACUGGACCCGGGGGAGGAGAGGAAGAGCAAGAAGAAAAAGAAGAGGAAAGACAAACUUAUAAAGACUGAGGAGGAGGAGGAGGAGGUGGUGGUCAGGGUGAAGCAGGAGCUGCUACACAUGAGCCCAGAGGAGUCCUAUGAACUUCCUGGGCAGGAAGCUGAACUCUCAGAGGAGAAGAGGAGGAAGAAGAAGAAAAAGAAGGAUAAGGACAGAGGAGAGGCAGAGGGAACUGUAGAUUCGUCUUUUAAUGUAAUUAAACAAGAGGUGGAAGUAAAAGUUGAACCAAUGGACAAUUCCUAUGGUGACGUUGAAGAUUCUGGAAAAAAGAAAAAGAUAAAGAAAAACUAGCAUGACGAUGACGAGUCUGUUGUUUUUACCGUCAUCUGGUUUUGUGAAGUUAUGCUAUGAUAUAAUUGUAUUAUUCAAUUAGGCACUUCAACAAAUAAUUAUUAUACUACUGUACUGUCAUUUUGUUUUUUGGGGGGGAAAUGUUAUUGUCUAAUAAAACCUAGACAGUAACACAUAAGUCUUCAGACUUGUGCCCCUUUAUUCACACUGAACAAAAAUAUAAACGCAACAUGUAAAGCGUUUGUCCCAUGUUUCAUGAGCUGAAAUAAAAGAUCCCUGACAUUUUC